AUGGAUAAUUUCCAAAACUUCGGGCUCAUUCUGUCCGCUGCCCUCACAUUCGGGGCUUUCACAAUAAUAUAUGUGCUAAGAUGGGUUCUCCAAUAUCGAGAAGGCUUGUCCUGGGAAGGAGGACCAGCCUUGUUCAACUGGCAUCCAGUCUUACAGCUCUCUGGCUUCAUUUUCUUGAAUGGACUGGCAAUCAUCGUCUAUAGACUCCCCUGGACCUGGCAAGGUAGCAAAGAAACAAUGAGGUACAUCCAUGCAGGGUUGAAUAUGGCAGCCUUCUUGUGUGCUGUCGUAUCGCUCUCCGCAGUUUUUGGCUCCCAAAGCUCUGCAAAUUUCCCCGACCUGUUCAGUCUGCACAGCUGGCUGGGCCUGACUGCUGUGGCACUAUUUGGUUUGCAGAUGGUUCUUUCAGCCAGCAUCUACUUGUUUCCAUUCACACCAUCAUCCUGGAAAGCAGCCUUUAUGCCCCUCCAUGUGUUUGUUGGACGUUUGCUCUUUGGUGGUACUAUAGCCGUGUCACUCAUUGGCAUAACAGAGAGACUGAUUUUUUCCUUGGUCGACCCAAAGUACACGGACUACCCUGCAGAGGCAGCUUUUGCAAAUGUAAUGGGAGUGCUCCUUGUGGCGUAUGGAGUUACAAUCCUCUGGAUUUCCACUCGAGCAUCUUGGAAACGUCCAAGUGAAUUCACUCAGAGUGAGGGAAUUGAGGAUAAAGUAAAAUGAUGCGGUGCAUGUGUGCAGAUGUCUUGAAUCGAUGCAUCUAUGUAUUGCUUGUCUAAACUGGUCAGUGAAAGUCAAAAGAAGAAAUCUUUUCAUAAAUAACAGUCCUUAUAGAAUUUGACAACGUCUGCAGCCGUCAGCUUGUAUUCUUGUACCAUUAACACACAAAGUGAAUGAAAAUAAAGUACACUGUUUUAUAUGUAGUUGGGGAUGACGCAGUUGGUAUGCAUUAUAACAAGAUUUUGGGGAUGGUGGUGGAGAACACUCAGCUUUAUCAAAGACGUUGUCGAUGGUGCUGGUAUAUAGUAUAUCAGAUUGUAUGUGACGGUGUUGGCAUUGACCAUAUCAAGAUGUAGGUGAUGGAACUGGAAUAAACUAUUACAUGAUG